GGUGUGUGACGGGUGAUGGCCGACUGGAGUCUCCUGGGAAACUUCUUGGAAGAGGUGCAGGAACACUCGACGUCUGUGGGCAAGGUGUGGCUCACCAUCCUCUUCAUCUUUCGUAUUCUCGUCUUGGGCACGGCCGCUGAGUCGUCAUGGGGCGACGAGCAGGAGGACUUCACCUGCGACACGGAGCAGCCCGGUUGCGAGAACGUUUGUUACGACACGGCCUUCCCCAUCGCCCACAUCCGCUACUGGGUGCUGCAGAUUGUCUUCGUGUCCACACCGUCGCUCAUCUACAUGGGCCACGCCAUGCACACGGUGCGCAUGGAGGAGAAACGCCGGCGCAAGGAGCAGGAGGACCAGGGGGGAGGUGACGGGGAGGAAGGAGGGGAAGGAGGAGAGGAGAAGCAUUAUCUGGAGCAUGGGGAAGACAAGGGGGGAGAGUGCGGGAAGGAGGGCAGCGGCAUAGGGAGGGUGCGUCUGCGCGGGGCGCUGCUGCAGACUUACGUGUUGAGCAUCCUGAUCCGGACGCUAAUGGAGGUGGUCUUCAUCGUGGUGCAGUACAUCCUCUAUGGGGUCUUCCUCAACGCCCUGUACGUGUGCCACAGUCGGCCCUGUCCCCACCCGGUUAACUGUUACGUCUCGCGGCCCACAGAGAAGAAUGUGUUCAUCGUGUUCAUGCUGGCCGUGUCGGGCGUGUCACUGUUUCUCAGCGCCGUGGAGCUCUACCACCUGGCCUUUAAGCAGUGUCAGAGGUUUCUGAGGAGUAAACGACAACAGCAACAACAACAGCAACGUCAACUGCUACAAGGACGCACACCCUCAAGUGCUACGGUCAUCGCCGCUGAACCUGACAGCCCACCCCGUCCAUCCAUGCCCUGCACCCCGCCCCCAGACUUCAGCCAGUGUGUGAGCUCUUCCCCACACACACACCCCAUGCACUCCCAAUCCCACCCCCAUCCUAGCUGCCCCCCCUUCAACAACCGGCUGGCCCACCAGCAGAACUCAGUCAACAUGGCCACUGAGCGCCACCGUGUUGUUCACAAUGACCUGGGGACGGAAGACUUCCUGCACAUGACCUAUGAGGGGCACGCCGACACGACCAACGCCUGCACCCCGCCCCCUUCGCUGCUCCAAAACGGCUUCCAAAAUGGCUUCCUGAAAGAAAAGAGGCGUCUGAGCAAGACCAGCGGCUCCAGUAGCCGUGUGCGACCCGAUGACUUGGCUGUAUAGCCCCAAUUCCCAACACACACACUGUUCCUGGAUCGUUUCAA